AGAUUCUACUACAAUAGUCUAUAUAAACUAGCUUACAAUAUCUCACUUAGAACCAAGAAUUGCCAAAGCAAACAUACGUACUUCUCAUUGUUAAUUAAACUCCAUUCUACAGAAACAAAAAAAUGUCAUCCUGCCAAGGAACCAUGCCCGGCUGCCAAGGGAAGAAAUCAUGGCCAGAACUAGUUGGAAAAGAUGGGAAUGAGGCAGCAGAAAUAAUCAAAUCCGAAAAUUGUUUCGUGAAGCAGACUCCCGUCCUACCAGAGGGUAGCCCUGUUACUUUGGACUUCAGGUGUGACCGUGUUCGGGUUUUUGUUGAUGCAUGUGGAAAGGUGGUUCAGACUCCCGUCAUCACAUAAGCAAACACGUGCUAUGAGCAACGUAUACAAAUGUGCACUACUUAAUUUCAUGUUUUAGUAAAUAAAGUGUACCCGGAAAAUUGAUAUAUAUGUUGCUCUGUAUUAUGUAUUUAUGUACUACCACUAGGUAGUGAUCAUGAUGAAUCGACAUGAUAAUGUUUGUUUGCCUUUGUUUUUA